AUGUUGUUGCCCCCUGGCAAGUCGGCCCUCGAAUACGGGAAGCUUUUGUUAGAUCCCGUCCUGAUUGAGCGCAGGUUCGAAGCUGGUCUACUUGAUGACAUCUCAUGCAGCGCAUCUGGAAGAAGGUCGAGCUUCCAGUUUGGGGCAGCAAGUGGAUGGAGAACUGGGUCAACGGCGUGUAAGAUGGGGAAGUUGGCUAUUUUACGGUGGUUGGUGGAGCACCCGACGGGUCGAGCGGCUGUCUCCGUUUUCAAGGUGGGCGAUGACUUGUUGCCCUUGUUGUACGACGCAGUUUCUCAAGGUCACCUAGAUGUCAUGCAGUACCUUUACGACCAAGAUGUCGCUUUUGGAUAUGGGACCGCAUUACUGUGUGCAAUUCGCGGAGACAAGACGGACGCGGCCAAAUGGCUGCUUGAUCGCUUUCCACCAACAGAGAAGAUCCCUCAGUAUUGCGUCUUGGCGGAAGCUGCGAGGCGCGAAGUCCCUGGAAGUCCCGGGUUUUCCUGGGUCAAAGCCGUCCUCAAUUCCAGAGUCGAGUACUGA